AUGGGCGGCGGGCACUCGCAAGAGCUGGAAGGUCCUGUGACCCCGGUUCAGUUCAGCUUCGACGGGCUACCAUUAACGCAUGAUGGUUUUGGAGCGCUGCUGAAUCGGUGUUUGCAGGUAUCCCCCUCAGCCCCGACCGUUGUGGAAGGAGAUGACCUUCGCAGGCGUUGCGAUGCAGUGGCCCGGCUUUUGAGCGACGUGCAGGGCGACAUUCUCUUCAGUCGGAGACUCGGAGGUCUUUCCGACUGGGGCACUUUCUUCUCCAGUAAGAAGAAAGCUCACAGGGAUGCGGUCGUUGGCCAGCUCUUCGCUUUCCUUACCGGCAUGCUUUGCUUUCAGUCUCCGGAGCGGUGCAAUGGCAGGAGGAUGGAUGAUUGGUGCUGCCUAUUCGAGGCAAAGUAUGGCGCCGCAGAGGUGGCAUUAAGCAGAGGAAGCAGCUGCAUGCAAACUUUAGGCGAGCUUUCCACGAUCCUUUGCCGCACGGCGCAGUCCGAGAAGACGGUGGGAGACAGAGUUAAGGAUGCAACGAAAGCCUUGCUCCAGUUCUUAACCGAGCAGCCAGAAAAGAUGGCAGAGAUACUUGUGGAGGACCUCGAGGAACACGGCCAAGCAAUUCGCAUGGCCAUGCAGAGGCGUUCGGAUCUGGUGGUUGCAGCAACUCUACUGCAGGAGAGCGGCUGGUCUUUCACCUCGCAGAAAGUCAACGGUGUGUGUCGUGCGCCAUCCCUGCUCCGACUGGUAGGGUUUCCCGAUCCGACCUCUACCACAAAGGCUUCACCAGAGGAGCAGCAGAGGCUUCAGUCGGUGAUCGGGCAGAGCCCGGAUUUGUUCUGGCAAGUUCAUGGCACUCCUUCCCAUGAUGACAUGGGCACUUGGGUAACACACGAUGGUGUCCGCUACUGGUGCAAGGUGGAAUUGCCCGUCUCGGUCUACUACGUUGGGCCCAACACAGGUCCCUUGCCAAAUGUCGGCGGAGUUUGUAGCGCACCUACCAGCGCAAGGGAUCUGUGCACUGACCAUCCAAACAUCAUCAAGCUCUACGAAACUUUCGAGGACCGGAAGCACAUCUACUUGGCCAUGGAGUUGUGCACAGGUGGCGAACUUUUCGAUCGCAUCAUCGAGGUGGGCCAGUUUACCGAGAAGGACGGCGCGAUCGUAGUGCAACAGAUGCUCUCGGCAGUCUUCUACAUGCAUACCCGCGGUGUAUGCCAUCGUGACCUCAAGCCAGAGAACUUCUUGUUCCUGUCUAAGGGUCCCAUCGAGAACACGCUGCUGAAGAUUAUAGAUUUCGGGUUAUCCAAGUGCUUUGACACCAGCAUCCCCAUGGCCACGAAAGCAGGCACUCCCUACUACGUGGCACCCCAGGUCCUGCAGGGCAAGUACGACAACUCAUGCGAUCUUUGGAGCUGCGGAGUCAUCAUGUACACAAUGCUGUGCGGAUACCCGCCUUUCUACGGCAAGACUGACCAGGAGGUCCUUAGCAAGGUGCGGAAAGGUAUUUAUCAGUUCGAGCCGAAGUAUUGGCGGCACAUCUCCGCGGAUGCCAAGAAGCUGAUUGGAAUGCUGCUCAAAUUUGAGCCCGAGUCGCGCUACACUGCUGAGGAAGCACUGCAGGAUGUUUGGAUCAAAGAGCGAGCACCCAAAGCAGAGAACAUCUGCUUGCAGGAUCGUAUCAUGCACAACCUGAAGAGCUUCAGGUCCAAGAACAAGCUCAAGAAAGCGGCCUUGAACAUCAUCGCCUCCCAGAUGAGCGAAGCCGAGAUCGCAGACCUGCGGGAGAUAUUCAAAGCGCUCGACAUGAAUGGUGAUGGCUUCCUGACCACGACUGAGCUGAAGGAUGGCAUCACGAAGGCUCGGGCGAGGAGCCCGACGAUCGACUUGCAGGCGAUCAUGGAAGGCGUCGAUGCGGACGGCAGUGGUCUGAUCGACUACACCGAGUUCUUGGCUGCGACAUUGGACAGGAAGGUUUACCUCCAGAGGGAUGUUUGCUUCGCUGCCUUCUCGGUUUUUGACCGGGACGGCGAUGGAUGCAUCACGCUUGACGAGCUGAAGCAGAUCUUGGAGAAUGGCUCUGUGGAGGACGUUAUCGACACGUGGACUUCGGAAGAGCUCCUCCAGGACGUAGACCGAAAUGGUGACGGCUCGAUCGAUUUCGAGGAGUUCAUGGAAAUGAUGCGGGGAGGGAGAUCUAUGUCUCUGUACACGGAGGCCGAAACACCAAAGGGCGGCCGCUCGCCCGCCCUCCUUCGGUCGCGCAGCCGUGGCAGCCGAACCCCCCGGAAAAAGAUCUGA